AGAUGUCAUCACUGAGUGGAAAUUCAUAAUUUUCUUGACUAACUUCUUGGUUUGGCUAACUUCCUUUUUGUGCAAUAUUAUUCAAGCACUCUUAACACACUUUAAGCAAUGUGUGUUUAGAGAUGACAUUUUGGCUGGCAUAGCACAGGAAAUAACUGUACAGAAUAGCCUCCACUCCCAGCUCAGUGAGAGAACGUUUAUUUUGUUUUAGCUACCUCUGUUGUAGCUACGGUCAACAAGGAGUCAACAAUAGACUAUUACAGAGUAUUCACUGAUAGACCACUUAACCAAGAGGAGCAAUGGACCUGCUGUAUGCAAGCCUUCUGCUACUUCUCAUAGGUCAAGCUCAAGGAGCAACUUAUUUCCUUUAUCAAACGAAGAACAACAAGGAAAUAAUGGUCUGUAAGCACAGACGCUGGCAAAUUGACAUUAACUAUGAUUACAAGGUGGAUUGUAGAGCAACAAGCAAUGAAGAAAGUAGUGAAGAAAGUAGUGAAGAAAGGAGUCAUGAUAAUAAAUGUAAGAACAUAAAAAAAUCCCUAGAAGACUGCACCAGGAACAACACACAAGCAGAGAAGGCAACAAGCUGCUUAGCAGUUAAGCCUGAAGAAAAUAAUGGAUAUUUUGCUUGUGUUGAUAAUUUUCAGUCAAAAUUUUUAUAUCCAUUUAAAUCUGCUGACCAAAAUGAUUAUUUCAUCUUAGCAUUCGCAAAACCGAAGGUGUUGAAGUCUCAGCCUGAAACACAGACACACAUUAUACACGAGGGAUGGCCCAUUAUUCUGACAUGCCAUUUCUCUAUCUCUGACGAGUUUUCAAACUGUCCUUAUAUUGUGUACUGGAUCAAAACAGGUGGCAAGGGCAGUACAUGCAUUUAUUCUUAUGAUUUUGAUCUAGAAGAAAUAAAAUACAACUUUUAUUGUUCUUCUGAAAACAAUCUUCGCACCAGGAUCUCAAACACUUCUUCACACGACCCCAUGACAAACAUUGGCCUCCAUAACCUGACCAUCAACAGAAGCACACAUUUGGACAGUGGACAAUACGUGUGCGCUUUAAAUGUGAUAAAGGAAAAUAAAGGCAACUGGGUGGUAAUUUCUACUGUUGACGUAACUGUACAUAAGAAGGAACUAUCAAACCAAGAUACAACUCGUUCAAAAGCAGCAUAUUUUACUCCCUUGUAUCUGGCUGUAGCCCUGGUAAUCAUUGGUACCUUUGUCAUUGUCAUUUAUAUGAAGAAAAAGAGCAACAUUGCUGCUAAGGAAUCCCAGUUUGUGAGCAAUCAAAGACACCAAAAUGAAGAUGAAACAAUCAACCUUGAAAUUUCCCCUUACACAGUGGCUGGAAGACUAUUUGAGCCAUAUUCUGUGGUGAAGCUGACAGAUAAGCCUGCAGAUCACAGUGCAGCGGGGGACCAGGCUAAGCCCCCGACAGAGCUCUACUCCACAGUCGGGGUCACCCCAGGGGCCCAUGUGUAUGAGAGCAUCAGCGACACACACAGCAGAUGUAAAUGAACCACAGACCAUCAUGUACACCUGAAAACAGCUGUUUUUAGACAUGCCAUUAGCAUCUGUGCCACGGUUUCGGGGUUUGUGCUUUGACUUCUUCAGACCUGCAUUUCUUCCAGCCAUGGGAAAACAUUUUUUUUUUUCAUACUCAUAUUACAUGUAGAAAUUAAGAUAAAAAAAAUAAAUAAUAAUAAAGUCUAUUUUAUUUCAUGUCCAUUGCAAUGGAAAUCAAGUAGGAAUGCUUGUGAAAAUUGGUAGAAAUAAUACAUGUCUGAUGACCAUCAAGACUCACCUAGCACUUUAUUAGGAACAACUGUACACCUACUUCUUCAUGUAUAAUCAGCCAGUCAUGUGGCAGCAGUGCAAUAUAUAAAAUCAUGCAGAUACGGGAGAGGAGCUUCAGAUAAUGUUCACAUCAACCAUCAGAAUGGGGAAAAAAUGUGAUGUCAGUGAUUUUGACUGUGGCAUAAAUUUUCAUGCAUAACAGUCUCUCGAGUUUACUCAGAAUGGUAUGAACAACGAAAAACAUCCGGUGAGCAGCAGUUCUGCGGGCAGAAAUGCAUCGUUAAUGAGAGAGGUCAGAGGAGAAGGGCCAAAACUGACUGGUCGAAGCUGACAGGAAGGUGAAAGUAAUGCAAAUAACCACGCAUUACAAUAGUGGUAUGCUAAAGAGCAUCUCUGAACACACAAUGCGUCAAACCUCUAAGUGGAUAGGCUAUAGCAGCAGAAGAUUUAAUAAGUCUAAAAAAUAGUGCUCACUGACUGAAUGUGUUGAUUAAUCAUUUAGCUUCUUCAUAUUCACACUGGAUUCAAUAGUGAAAAUGAAUAGAUCAUAUGGUCUGACAUCUACAAUUCUACAAUCACCAACUAUCUCAAUCCUGGCUGUCAAGGGUGCACAUUCAUCCUCAUUCUCAUCCCUACAAUCUAACCUCUUGGACCUAUACUGCCAAUACUUUUUGUUCUACGGCAAUACAGUUUUUCAGUUUCAAAACGUCAUUUUCACAAUAUAAAUAGGCACCAGAUUACAUAUCUUUAGACAAUGGCAGAGAAUGUUUUUUUUUUAAAAGAAUUUUCUCAAUUAUCACCGGAUAUCAUGAAAAAUGAUAAUCCCCGGACCUGACAAACUGACCAAAUCCAUUUUAAAAUAGAUUUUUUUAAAUGAAUAGCAAAUAGCCCAAAUAUCAUGACAACAAUAAAAUAUGGGCAAGAAAAUGUAAUCAAAAAGUUGUUACUUUUGCUGGCCUGUAUGUGUGUGCUUUGUUUCUUCUCUGUGUCUUGUAGAUGGCGCUAGUGGACAGAGUCGGGAUGUCCACCUGUUCACCUGCCCCGCUACUGUUUUCCAAUCAGCAGUUUCCUUGUUUGAUAGUCCAACAAUUUAUACAACUUGUUCUCCCGCUCUAAGAGGGAGGAAGGGACUUUGUAUUCGUUCCGAGCGUCUGUUGUCUUUGUGACCAUGAUACGCUAACUUGUAGCCUACUUGUGUGUGUAUGUACCUAGAAAUGAACGCAUUUACUUUGGGAGCUAGAUAGGUAAGACACUUACACGUCGGUUGUCUAGACACUCUAUGUUAGGGGGUGACUGACACCAUUUUAUUUUUGUUACUGAUAGAGUAGUUCGUUUAAGCUGCCUGCCGGCUUCUCCUGCGUAAUUAGUUAGUCGCAUGUGGGUUGCUUGAGUUAGAGCUGUUUUAUUAUGUUGUUUUCUUUGGCAGCACUCAUGCGUCUAGUUCCUUUCCCCUUUCCGUAUGUAAAUGAGUUCGCUUGAAAAAAAAAAAAAAAAGUUUGGCAUCAUUAAAA